AUGAGUGUUCCUGCGCCCUCCGCUGUCAGUAGUCCAUCGGUGCGAGCACCAGCGCAGAAGUGCUACAUGGUGGUGACGCCUUCAGUUAUCAACUCCAAUGGGACCAGAGAUCAUGAUGGCAACGACAUCAAGUGGUUUUUGAAGUUCGGUGAUGGUGAGGGAGAGACUCCGACGGGUCGCUACGUCACUCACAAUCCCGACUAUGAGAUUCAAACAAACGAGACUGGUCGAGCAGGAACCGAACUGAAACAGAAAGUCUUGGAACAGCGUGGGUUCCAAACAUCCGUCGGACAUGGCCGAAGCGAGUGGUUUGUACUCUGGGAAAGGCCGGAUCAGAACCCACCCAUAACCUUGAGUCAAACGUUGACUCAGGCAAUCGACGCCUUUGCGCGCUACAACCUCGGCACCGCAGCGGGUCGUACUGCAGCGGUCAAUGAUCUGAAUAGCAAGAUUCCUCAGGUGUGCAGGGCUGCGCCACCUUGA